AUGGUAGUAGAAAGAGUACCAUGCUUGUAUCUGGACUUCAAACGGUGUAGCUUUAACCCCGUUAAUGGUCCCACAUUAUUGGUUCAUAGAGAAUCAAAAUACAACAUCAUCAAGAGCUUCUCAAACGUUGCUCAUCCUCAAACAAAUAGGCAGAUGGAAGCUAUAAACAAGACCCUGAAGGACACUUUGAAAAAGCAUCUAGAAGAGGCAAAAGAUAAUUGGCCUCUAUUACUCCUAGAAGUACUCUGGUCACACUGGACCACCAAGAAGACGACCACCGGGCAUAGGCCAUUUGCAUUAGCCUAUUGCUAUGAUACAAUGUUUCCCAUAGAACUAGAGCCACUGUCCCAUAGGAGGGUCACCUAUGCCAAUAGGUAA